AAGCUACAAGCUGACCCAAGGCUUGCGCUAAGCCCAAAUCGAGUAGUGGCAUCCGGGAAACGGAGGGAGCCAGUCUAGAAACCCCAAGUGUGAGUAGUGGAGAAGCUGGUGGGCAAAGCUCAGCCUCAGGUGGGAAAAGAGGCCUGAGCCUAGCUGCUGGCAUGCGGUGUGUGACCGGGCUGCAGACGUCUGGCUCGGGUCUGCUAGUGUGCUGCCUCCACCCCUGGCACUGAGGUUGGGAGUUGACGAAACUCCCUCACCUGUCGGAACCCGGAUCUGGCAGCGGGAAAGGGUCUGGCAGCCAGUGCCUGCUGGUUACAGCAAGCUUGGCAAGUGGCCCUGCCUGCACUAGGGCGCCACCGCCAAGGAGGCAGGUGUGAGACUGCUCUGCGACCCAACCUCUUGUUGCUCUCCUUUGUCCCCAAGCACGGUCGGCUUGGGGUAGGUCUUCAGGCAACUCCUGAAGACGCCAAGGCUGCAGGUUCGAGACGCCCCGCCUCCUCCUGUCACACAGAGCCGUCAGUGCUGGAGGAACCUUCCAUUCCGCAAAAGUCUAAGGGUUGAGGUUUUCGGAACUUUGCAAACAGGGACUAGCUAGCCCUUUAUCUGCAAGCCACGCCACACCUGCUGUUAGCCUGCCUGCGACACCCUACAGUCCUGGAGAGACCAUUCUAGCAGCAGCACCGACGCCCCAACUUUUGAUUCGCGGUGUGCGUUGCCUACCUGGGUACCCAGCUACAGUGUCCGGGGACGCACAUCUUCUGGAGACAGCGCCAAUCACACCGCCCAGCUCGCUCUUCUCUCCCUCCCAAGAGCGGGGUUGGGUGCCUGAUACCGGACCACACAAGCACUCAGGACUCGCCGGACCUCGGAACUGCCUUCAAGAAAGCAGGAGAUCCGAGCCUCUUACUCCAUACCACAGUUGGUUCAGGUGGUUUCCUCUUCAAACCUUGCGUCUGGCGCGGAUAAUCCGCGCGGCCGGGCGUUAAGCUCCAGGUCCCUGUCGCUCCGUCGAGGUGGCAAGCCAUGGCCGGCUGCUGCUGUUUGUCUGCGGAGGAAAAAGAGUCUCAGCGCAUCAGCGCGGAGAUCGAGCGGCAGCUUCGUCGCGACAAGAAGGACGCGCGCCGCGAGCUCAAGCUGCUCUUGCUGGGAACCGGUGAGAGUGGGAAAAGCACCUUUAUCAAGCAGAUGAGGAUAAUCCAUGGGUCUGGCUACAGUGAUGAAGAUAGAAAGGGCUUCACGAAGCUGGUUUACCAAAACAUAUUCACGGCCAUGCAAGCCAUGAUCAGAGCAAUGGAUACCCUGAGGAUACAAUACAUGUGUGAGCAGAAUAAGGAAAAUGCCCAGAUCAUCAGGGAAGUGGAAGUAGACAAAGUCUCUGCACUCUCCAGGGACCAGGUGGCAGCCAUCAAGCAGCUGUGGCUGGAUCCCGGAAUCCAGGAGUGUUACGACAGGAGGAGGGAGUACCAGCUGUCAGACUCUGCCAAAUAUUAUCUGACGGACAUUGACCGAAUCGCCAUGCCCUCUUUCGUGCCAACACAACAGGAUGUGCUUCGUGUUCGAGUGCCCACCACUGGCAUCAUAGAAUAUCCAUUUGAUUUGGAAAACAUCAUCUUCCGGAUGGUGGAUGUUGGUGGCCAGCGAUCUGAACGACGGAAAUGGAUUCACUGCUUUGAGAGUGUCACCUCCAUCAUUUUCUUGGUUGCUCUGAGUGAAUAUGACCAGGUUCUGGCUGAGUGUGACAAUGAGAACCGUAUGGAGGAGAGCAAAGCCCUGUUUAAAACCAUCAUCACCUAUCCCUGGUUUCUGAACUCCUCUGUGAUUCUGUUCUUAAAUAAGAAGGAUCUUCUGGAAGAGAAAAUCAUGUACUCUCAUCUAAUUAGCUACUUCCCAGAGUACACAGGACCAAAGCAAGAUGUCAAAGCUGCCAGGGACUUUAUCCUGAAGCUGUAUCAAGACCAGAAUCCUGACAAAGAGAAAGUCAUCUAUUCUCACUUCACAUGUGCUACAGACACCGAGAAUAUCCGCUUUGUGUUUGCUGCUGUCAAAGACACAAUCCUACAGCUAAACCUACGGGAGUUCAACUUGGUGUAAAUGGAGGGCCUACUCCUUCCAAACAGAGGGUGAUCUGAGCUCUUCCUGCCUGAUCUACAAACGCUUCUGACCACCUGGACCAGAACCUAAGGACAUUAUGUAGCCCACAGGGACAGAGAUGGGUAGUGCAAUGUGAAAACUACUUUACCAACCCUUUUAAGUGUCUUUAAUUCUUGAUUGUCUAAUUCUUUUCUCACCUUUUGGUUGAAAGAUUAGGUAUACUUUUUGAGUGAUUCUCCCUCUCCUUUUUUAAAACUAGUGUUCAACAGCUAUUAAAAAUCAUGCAAAAAAUUCAUGCAACAGAGGGACUUGUUAAUUUACAAAUCAUACCUUCAGACCUCUGAGAUUCAUUUAGGAGACUAAAACAUCUUCAUUGGCUUGAUAAUUUUAAAAUAAAUCUUUUAAGAAACAUUU